AUGUUUCUCAAUGAGUCCUUCAGUGCGGACCUGUGUUCUCUGCGCGUUUUCUCGGAGGUGGCUGAUACCUUCAAUCUUCGUUAUAUACCAUUUAAGGCAAUCUUCGCUAGCACCAGCGGAAAGCGGCCCAAUGAAUUCACCAAAGAGGAGUCUCAAAAACUUCUUUCUGCAGAGCAGCUCGACGCCACAUUGCAACUCCUAUUCUACGCAUCCAAGGGAGACGUGGGAGGUAUACAGGCUAUGACUGCCAAGAACACCGAUGUCAAAGCUGCAGACUUUGAGAACACCGAUGUCAAAGCUGCAGACUUUGAUCAGCGCACAGCUUUGCACAUGGCAGCAUGCGAGAAUUUGAAUAAGGUUGUUAAGGUUUUGAUUGAAAAAUGGGCUGAUGUUAACGCUGAGGAUCGUUGCUGUAGCACGGUACCAUGGGUAGCUGUUGAUGUUUAUCGCCUGCACCGGGUAGAGCGGCUCGCCAUCGCUACGGAAUCUCGGAGGAGCCGAAUUACCUCCCUGAUGGGCUCAGAGGUAGGAGAGGUCAUCGCGGAUCCAUACCUGACGCCCAAGGACGAAUCUUCGAGAUUGUCCAACGUCGAAGGGUUGACAUGGAUGACGUAUUACAUCCAUGUCACGGCCGUCGAUUGCUUCUCGACUGAGACGCAAGACAUGAGCUAUGCAGGUUGUUUCUUGAUUUCAAAUUGUCCGACUUUUCCGAUCCCCAGUCGGGACAUGACGCACUCGUAUGUAAUAGAAACGAGACCCGUCGGGUUUCCAGUUGACUGCGCUGCGACAUCGUGCGAUCAUACUCGGGAACUACGACAAAUCGAUUUUGACCGCAAGAGUGUGCCGUGUUUCAAGGUCUGA